GGAAAAGUGGCUCGACUUUGCUUAGUUUGUUUCCUGUUCAGUGGGGAUUUAGACCUCCUCUUCCUCCAUUCUCAAAUGCCAACAACAACAGCCGUCGAGGAGACAAGAGAGUGCACUCGGGUCUGAACGCUGACAGAGGAUCAUCCUUUUCUUCCUGAAGCUCCUCUCUGUUCUUUGGGAUCAUGGCUAAAGAUGCUGGUCUCAUUGAAACGAAUGGAGAACUGAAGGUUUUCAUCGAUCAGAAUCUGAGCCCCAGCAAAGGUGUCCUGUCCCUGGUUACUGUCCAGCCCACAGCCGCCCCCAAACAGCUCCUACCUAAAACCCUGGGGCCUUCCAACGUCAACGUCGCUGCACACAUGCAACAUGUUUCCCACAUGGUGAUCGGUACACCUCAGAGGCCUACAGUAUCUAACGCCAUCCUGGUCAACAGUCCACACACACCCAGCUCACAGUUCCUCACUCAGAGCCAGCCGGCCGACGCGUCUCCGUGGUCGUCGGGGAAGCGCGGUAAGAAAGGUGAGAAGAACGGGAAAGGCCUGCGGCACUUCUCCAUGAAGGUGUGUGAGAAGGUGCAGAAGAAAGGAGUGACCACCUACAACGAGGUGGCCGACGAGCUGGUGGCAGAAUUCAGCUCCGCAGACAACCACCUGUCACCCAACGACUCGCACGUUUACGACCAGAAGAACAUCCGGCGGCGCGUCUACGACGCCCUCAACGUGCUGAUGGCCAUGAACAUCAUCUCCAAGGAGAAGAAGGAGAUCAAGUGGAUCGGGCUGCCCACCAACUCGGCUCAGGAGUGCCAAAACCUGGAGGUGGAGAGGGAACGGCGGCUGGAGAGGAUCAAGCAGAAACAAUCGCAGCUCCAGGAGCUCAUCCUGCAGCAAAUAGCCUUUAAGAACCUGGUUCAGAGGAACCGACAGACGGAGCAGCAGGCCAACAGACCUCCGCCUCCCAACUCCAUCAUCCACCUCCCCUUCAUCAUCGUCAACACCAGCAAGAAGACCGUCAUCGACUGCAGCAUCUCCAAUGACAAGUUCGAGUAUCUGUUCAACUUCGACAGCAUGUUCGAGAUCCAUGACGACAUCGAGGUGCUGAAGCGUAUGGGCAUGGCCUGCGGCCUGGAGGUGGGGAAGUGCUCUCCGGAGGACCUGAAGGUGGCGCGCAGCCUGGUGCCCAAAGCCCUGGAGCCAUACGUCGUCGAGAUGGCGAAAGGCCCCAUCAGUAACGUCUACAUCACUGGAGGAUCCUCUGCUAAUGGAUCUUGUUACCCCGCGAGCACCGACGGCUGCACCGACGGCACCAUGGCCUCCAGCUCCAACGACUCCCACUACAGCGGCUCCCGCGUGGAGACGCCGGUGUCCUACAUGGGGGACGAGGACGACGAGGACGAGUACGACGAGAACGACGACGAAGACUAGCCCGCCCGCGCCUCCACACUCCAACAAGCACAGUCCUUCACCCCCCUCCCCGCCCCGCCCCUUCUGUGCUUCUUCCCCCCCCCGCUCCCCACGCCUGUCUCUCUGUCCGGCUUUCUCAGGGGUGUAGCUGAGUCUUGAACGAGCCCAGGUGUCCGGCAGCUGCCCGUUCUGCUCCUGAACCACAGCUCCGGGGGGGGGGGGGGGGCCGCCGUCCGCCGCCGUCCGCCUCCAGUCUGUCUAAUCCACUCUCUCUAAAAGCCAUCCCACUGAAAACUACGUAGAACUUCCUGCUGUUGGAGAAUGUAUAAUGUUCCUGUUUGAGUCGUUCCUCUCGUGGUUUUGCGGCGGCCGGCAGGAGGAGGAUCCAGGUGUCUGGCUGUGGGUGGGGGGGCGGGGCUCUCUGGGGGGCCGGGGACAGUUGCCAUGUUACGUUGCGAUGGGGCUCCAUCAGUUGUGUUGAUGCUUUUCUGUUUUGUGUUCUGGGCAAUUAUUUGAAAUAGUUUCUUUUCGGUUGUUUUUUUUUUUUUUUU